AUGUUGUCUCAGAUCAUCAGCUGUUUCACUGGUUUGCAUGUACCUCCGACAGCUGCUGCUGCCAUACAUAUUUUAUGUGUGUUGGUGCCUUUCCGUAAUCGUGAGAAAGAAUUGCAAAUAUUCGCUCCUUAUAUUGAUGAUUUCCUAAAUAAGCAGCGAGUUCUUCAUAAGAUAAUUGUUUUAAAUCAGAGCGAUGCUUUAAGAUUUAAUCGCGCAUCAUUGAUCAAUGUUGGAUGGUAUGAAGCGGAUCGGGUAGGAUGUGAUUAUAUGGUAAUGCACGAUGUCGAUCUUUUACCUCUUAAUUCACAACUAGAUUAUUCUUAUCCUGGAAAAGGUGUUGUCCGACAUGUAUCUUCUCCGGAAUAUCAUCCACAAUAUAAUUAUUCCAAAUUCGUUGGUGGCAUUUUACUUUUAACGACAUAUGAUUAUAAAAUGCUGAAUGGCAUGUCAAAUAAGUACUGGGGAUGGGGUUUGGAAGACGACGAAUUUUAUUUGCGUCUUCGAGACGCAGAUUUGCUCACAAAGCUUCAAAGACCGGUGAAUUUAUCAACUGAUCGUACUAAUACUUUUCGUCAUAUUCAUGAUUCAAAAUUACAGAAAAGAGAUUACAAAAAAUAUGGAAAUCAGAGAAAAAUGGCUCAUAAAAGAGAUCGCUCUAGUGGCUUAAAUUCUGUAAAAUAUCGUAUUGCUGGACGAAGUCUGCUUCAGUUUCGCGGAGAGAAUAACUUGGUAGUCUCUGUGCUUAAUAUAGAACUGGAAUGUGAUUUAAAUUGGACAAAUUAUUGUAAAACACCACCGUAA